GACACCUGAAGGUAAAGAUUCUCUAGUUCCAAGAUGGCGGAUAGCAAGCGUAGUCCAUGGCCGUCAUCCAGUAUGAUAGUUACAAUGAUUUUCGUGCUGUUGUGUUUGGGGGAAUUCAUCAGAGUUGAGUUGCUCUUGAAGGACCAUAUGUCCAAAAUACGAGAACUUGAAUCUAAAUUACAGGCCAACAGACAUCAUAACAAUGAGGGCACGAAAAGCCAGCAGAAGCAGAACGUAAAAUUAACAAAGCCAGAAUCCUCUAGAGUCCGUGUUCGUCGUAACGCAUCUGACUCUCAACUGACUGACUUGAUAAAACUCCAACAAUUACAUGCCAGUGUCUGUAAUAUCACCAUCACAGACAUGAAAUGUCGUGCAGGCCCUCCCGGACCACCUGGAAGGCCUGGUCGCAGAGGAGAAAGAGGACUGAAAGGGGACAAGGGGAUUCCUGGUAAACUAGGUUACCGUGGCAAUAUGGGUCCUCCUGGUCCAAGGGGAGAUAAAGGAGAGAGAGGAGAGAAAGGAGGUUUGGGAAUUCCUGGUCUACAUGGCAACAAUGGUAUCAUGGGUCCACCAGGUCGAAGAGGACAGAAGGGAGAGAAAGGAGAGAUUGGAAGGAAAGGAAAAAGAGGAGAAAAGGGGGAGCAGGGACCGAAAGGCACUUUGGUAUCAAAUGUAAAUCCAGGCUUGACUGUAUCAUCACCUCACGUGAUCGUUUUUCCUCCGACAAUGGUCAUAAAUGAAAAUCAGACGGCAAUCUUUAACUGCUUAGUGCAUGGUUAUCCUGAGCCUGUGAUUGGUUGGAGUAAGGUAGAGGAACGCAACAGUUCCCAGUUGAGUAAUAACCGUAGGCUGGUGAUUCCUAACGCCAGACCCAGUGACACAGGAACGUAUCGAUGUCAGGCUAAAAACGUUCUUGGUACUAAACAAAAAACAGUUUACCUCGCUGUUAAUGAUUUUAAAGAUUGUUCCGAGAUCUAUAAAUCAGGAGAAAGACGAAGCGGUGUCUACGUAGUUAACCCAGACGGACGUGGUCGGCCUUUCCAAGUCUACUGUGACAUGACAACAGACGGAGGGGGGUGGACUGUGUUCCAGAGAAGACAAGAUGGAUCCGUAGACUUUUAUCGUGACUGGAAUGAAUACAAAACAGGGUUUGGAAACCUGCAUGGCGAGUUUUGGCUGGGGAAUGACAAGAUUCACCGACUGACGUCACGAACAGCCUCGAUGCUACGCGUUGACCUAGAGGACUGGAACGGUGUUAAGGUGUAUGCCAAAUAUGGUAGUUUUAGUGUUGGUUCUGAAGGUUCAAAUUACAGGUUGAGUGUGACGUCGUAUUCUGGUUCGGCCGGUGACUCACUGGCACCCGAUCAUAAUGGCAUGUCGUUUACUACCAUAGACCGUGAUAAUGACGAGUCUAGAUUCACUAAUUGUGCAAGUUCAUACACUGGUGCCUGGUGGUACGAAAGUUGUUAUAGUUCCAACUUGAACGGUCAAUACCUUGGUAAUGUUCUCAGCUUAAAAGGCGUUGUAUGGUACGAAUUUAAAAAUGAAUUUUUAUCUCUUAAGUUUACCGAGAUGAAGUUAAAACCAACUUAGUUCUCUUCAAUCAAUUAACGAGUAGGGUGUGAGUGAGUGUUUGUGAUCAUUCAAUAAAAUAGUAAACUGUA